AUGGAUGCCUAUCCCGCCUACAGUCUGACGCAGAACAUCCCGUUACUCGUCACGAUCGGCCUGCCGGCAGUCGGCGACUCUGGCGACGACACAAGCUCGUGGACACUGGAUGCCGAGCUUAAAGACCAGGCCACACUCUUGCGGUCCGAGCUGCCCGUGCUCGACGGCAACCCCGUCGCCGAGUUCAGCCGCUAUAUAUCAACUGGCGAUGUCUCGGGCCCAGUGCCGUCAGGAUCACAAAAGUGGCGUGGCCGGGCCAGCUCACAACGGUACCGGUUCCGCGUACGGACUGCAGGAAGGACAUAUUAUUUCCCGCCGCGCCGAGCUCGCCUGCCCGAAAAUUUUGAAGCGCCCGAGCCGCAGAGCGUCGUCCUCCACUCUCCCUUUUCGCCACUCAGCCCGUCCUGCCAUCUCUACCCAGACGGCAUCAUCGACUCUCGCUGGAUCCAGAAACACCAAGAGAUCGUUCCGAGUGUCUUCCUCUGCUUCUACUCUUUGACAUCCGACCCGACGACCGCAACUCUCCAGGACAACAAGAUCAAGUCCGACAUCAACGCCUUUCGGACUGCCGUGCAGCAGUCUGGCUACCGCUCUCGCGUGGCCGUCGCCGUCUUCUUUGCCGCCCCUGGCGACGACAGCAACAGCAGCACGGAUGGCGUGGCGCAGGAGCGUCUGGAGAACAUCCGCAAGGGAAGCGGCACCGAUACGAAAAUGUUCUUUGCCAUCCCGGCCACCACAGCUGCGGGUGCGCCCGCUGACGAACUGCACCGCGUGGCGGAGAACAUGCUGACCAACGUCUACACGGUCGCCAUGGACUACUACCGGGAACUGGGCCGCCACCUCCGCAAGAAACGCGGCCGUGGAUCGGCACCUCAGCCUUCUGUUCCACCAACCAGUGGCACCUCGCAAACCCUUUCGCUUGCCGGGUGGCAUGUCCGCUAUGACGUCAAGGCCGCCGUGAUUGCCGAGUUUCGCCAAGAAACAGACGCUGCGUUGCGCCUACUCGACCAGGCCUAUGAGACCCUGCUCGGGCCAGAAGUGUUGGCCGAAGCGAUCCCGCACUGGAGCCCGCGAUGGAACGAGGCGCGCCUUCUCGUCGACACGCUGGCCGUGCGCAGUCUGCGGUGUCUCCUGAUGGCUGGCCAGUACAGCUCGGCCGUGCGACGCUGGACCGUCUACCGCGACCGUCUGCGGAAUCUGCUGGACGCCCGCGGGCGCGGCACCGCCAACUACGGCUGGCAGGCGUGGGAGGCGCGCUGGGCUGUCGUCAUGGCCGACCUGAUCCGCCGUGUCGGUGUUCCCGAGCUGGAUCCACGGUCGGGCCGCAACCUCUUCUUGCUGCCCGAGCGCAACAUGAUUGCCGAGCGGCUCGCGCCCUGGGAGUUUCUCCACCACCGCGGCUACUGGUACCGCAUCGCGGCCCGCCACACGGCGGCACGGCGUGCCCUGGCACACCAGAUCCCCGACGACGACCGCCGCCCGCCCGACGUCUCGCCUGCGUCCCACGUCGCCAACCGCGCCUUUUCGUACGACGACUACAUGUGCCCGCCGCCGCACAGCGAAUACCCGCUGGCGGGGCAUGGUCCGGGCGUCAACCAUUCGGCCGCCAUCGUCACCUAUCUGGAACUGGCGCGGGACGAGUUCCUCCAGCGGCGCCAGACGCAUGUCGCUGCCGAGUUGGCGCUCGAGUGCGGCCGCGAGUAUGUGUCGGCGAAGCAGUGGGACGCCGCCGUCGACUUGCUGGCGCCCUUGUGGACCUCGUCGAGCGCAGCAACGGGGUGGUCGUCGUGGUUGGACGUGCGCGAGGAUCUGGCCUGGACGCUGCGAGCCGCCGUCGCAGAGCUCGAGGAGCCGCGGCCCGAUCUGCUUGUCUCCAUCGACUGGGAGCUUCUCCAUGCGCAGUAUACACCACGGGCAGACUGGGCAUACGAUGUAGCCAAGUCGUUGCCCGCGUCUUCCAAGGGCGUCCAAGGCAAGCAAGAGGCGGACAGCGUGCCGGUUGCCGUCAAGCUGCCCGAAGGCACACCGCCACCGUCCUUCUUGUCGGCUGCGUUUGUCUUCAAGAACGGCGAAGGAAAGGCGGGUGAGGCUGUUUUGGCACAGCUCACAAUACGUUCUGAUGCGCUCGCCAUCUCUGUGCCCAUUGUGCUGGAAGAACUGCAUCUACAGUUCAACAGCAGCAUCAAGCCAAUCGUGCUCAGGCACAGUGCCGAUGCAACCGCAACAUUCUUCACCAAGGGCAAAACAACACAUUCUACAAUACACCUGGAAGAGGAGGACGAGGACGAUCCAGGCGCAGGGACCAAAACCAUCAAUGGCGGUGACGAUGACGACGAGACACGCGUGCUGGGUCUCCAUGGAUCAGCGAACCUGACUUUACAGCCGCAGUCAACCCUUGUCUUUGAAUUGGCCAUUCCACUCCGGCAACCGGGCGACGCCCACGCUGUUUCGGCCGACCUCGUCUACCGAUGCCCUUUGUACUCGCUACAGAUGAAGCUGCCCCUGGCGUCGUAUGUUGCUGGCGAGGGCAGCCGUGGCGGAACGCCGACAUGGUUCCUACCCCGUGCGGGUGGGCGCGUGUCUGUGCCUCGGGCCGACAGCCAGGCGAUCAAAAUCCUGCCAAGGCCACCAAAGCUGGAUAUUCAGUUGCUACAUGCUCCUGCGGCAACAACCGCGGCCACACCGAUCCCGACAGUCCAGUACUACACCAACGAGGCCAUCGACCUGGCCCUCGAGCUCGUCAAUGCAGAGGAUGCCGAUGCCAGUGUCAAGUUGGACGUCAUCAUGGAGGGGGGCAGCGACGAGGCUGGCGCGAGCGGCAGCAGCACGCCCGGCUUCACGCUGCUGGUGGCGGGCGACGAGAUCGAUACCGCAGAGCCACAAACAACAGACAUCGCCUCGCCAACACCGCCAACGGCCAUGCUGCGGUCUGUGCCCCUCGGCCAUGUCAAGGCUGGCCAUUCCGUUGCCAUUGCCAUCCGCAUCCCUCCCACAACACCUUCCAUGGACUUGGAUCUCACCCUUCGCGCCGCCUACCACCUUGUGAGCGACACAGCCACGCCCAUCACCCAGCAACUCUCUGUGAAGCUGAGCCUCAGCAAUCCCUUCGAGGCCAACUACGACUUGCUCCCGCGCAUGCACCCAGCGGCCUGGCCCAGCUUGUUCGACCACGAGGGCAUUGUGGCGAGCGGCAUACCAGAGGACACCGAUGCCGUGAACCGGGGCUUCCACGGCUUGACGCAGGCGUGGGCCCUCGUCACGCGCUAUGCAUCGUUUGCCACUGAAGACCUGCGCGUCGUCGAUCUGGACCUCGUCAUCAAGCCCGAGCCCCGAAUUUCUGUCCAGCAUACAAGAACCGACGGUGCAAGCCACAAUGGAAACGACAAUGGCACACUCCAGACAAGGGAUGCCGACGGUGCUCUGACCAUCAAGCCGCAGACCAUGGAAGAGUCCCGGUUUGACCUGGUCGUGCAGAAGGCGAGCCUCGACGACCGUGAUCCGGUGCAGCUGGAUGUGUCGUUUGUCAUUACGUGGCAGCGCCUUGCACCGCCAGGCUCCCCUGCCGGAUCGGCCGCAUCGGCCGCAUCGUUGCCCACAAACACCACCACGCUGCCCGUCCCACAGCUGGGCCUCUUCGGCACCGAGCCCCGUGUGCUGGCGUCUGUCGCCUACAGCCGGCCCUCCGCACCCGUGCCAGCGAUCCAGCUCACCCUCGCCAUCGAGAACGCCUCCAACCAUUUCCUCACGUUUGGUCUCAGCAUGGAGCCAUCCGCCGACUUUGCCUUUUCGGGCGCCAAGCUGACCACAAUCCAUGUGCUGCCCAUGUCCCGGCGCGCCACCACCUAUCGACUGGUGCCGCUGGUGCGCGGCACAUGGAUCCGGCCGGCACUGGUCGUGCGCGACAAGUACUUUCAAAAGGUGCUGCGCAUCUUACCGACGGAGGGCAUGAAGAUGGAUAAGGACGGGAUUCUAGUCUGGGUACCACCAGAUGUGGAAGAGGAAGAGGAAGAAGAAAGCGGCAAGGAGGGGGAUGCAGACGGUGAAAAGGGCGGCGCCGAAGAGACCAACGCGUAG